UCGGUCCAUCUGUGCAUAUAACGGAAAAACUUAGGUGAAAAUGUUGCUGCUCCAUCUGUACGCCUUCACCUGUGUUGUUGUCGUCGCAGCGGGUUCCGUGGAGACGGUGGUGGGGCUGGCAGGGAGGAGAGUGGCGUUGCCGUGCCGCGUGGAGGCGGCCAAGCAGAGAGGCGUGCACGUGUGUUGGGGGAAAGGUACGCCGUCGCUGUUCUCCUGCCAAAACAUGCUGGUCAACACGGCGGGCGAGCGGAUGACAUACAAAAGCUCAUACAGGUACUCUGUGUCUGUGUCUUCAAGCGCUGUCUCCUAUCUCUCCAUCUUCAACGUGCGGCCUUCAGACUCGGGCUUCUAUCACUGCCGGGUUCAGCUGCCGGGCUUCUUCAACGACAAAACUUUCACCGUCCUCCUCAUAGUCAUUAAACCAUCCGGUAAUCUGCAUGCACCACAGACAACCAAAAGAAGUGAUGUCACAGAGAGCGUGACCCUGCACAAAGAAGAAACAACUGGACCCCUAGUGGCACGAGUCGGGUCGUCUGUCCAACAGAGCAACUUCAACAAUCUGAACACGUUCCUGGGACACACGAUCCGCAUGGCCUUCAUCAUCUUCAUACCUGCCGUCCUACUGACUGCUGCUUACAGGAUCUGGCGGUCCAAUCAGAAAGUUUGGACUGACAGAAGCAUGAGCCAAUCAGAAGAGAAAGAGGAGAAUCUGUAGAGUUGUUUCCCCCCUAUCUCUCUGGAUGGUUAUUAUUUCCAGUCUUAUGUUUAAUAUUGGAACAUUAUUUGCAUUUUUGACGGUAUGUAUUUUUAUUAAACUGGGAAGUGUAAUCAUAAA